CAAUUAUCUUUAUUCGUUAAUUCUUGAUUAUCAAUGGAGAGUGGCGUAAUUAAUCAAAGAGACGUCUCCUUUUAAAGAACAUUUAUAAAUGAAAGAAAUUGGAUUAUACCAUCUUAAACAAGAGAAAAUCUGCAAAUGCUGGAAAUCAAAGCAACACGCACAAGAUGCUGGAGGAACUCAACGGGCCAGAUAGCAUCUCUGGAGAAAAAAUACAGUCGGCUUUUCGGGCUGAGACCCUUUAAACCAUUCUUUGGUCCCUCACGCUUAUUACCCCGUCUCACGUUGCACAUUCUGUCAUUGACGCUCCACUGAACCCAGGCAUCGCCAAGACCUGUAGUACUCCGUGAUUGGUGAAUCCAAAUGAAGCUCACUAUGAUUGGUGAACUCUGGUUCCGGUGAGCCGCGCUGUGAUUGGCGAAUCGGAGGGAACUCUUAUAAUUGAUUGGCGAAUCAGAGGGAACUCUUAUAAUUGAUUGGCGGUUGAUACUUCCGGUGAACCGCGCUUGCUGGAAUGGUGUUGGAGACAUUCACCCGAUUGAACAGUGCUCUCUGUUAAGGUCUGGUUGAUGAAGUUACAGGAUCGUGAUGAAGGUCUCCGCCUGAAACGUCUACUGUUUAUUCACUUAUAUAGAUUCUGCCUGAUCUGCUGAGUUCCUCCAGCACUUGAUAAAAUGGGUGAAUACCGAUCCUGUACUGCCGUCAUUGAUGAACGUGAAGUAGUCAUGUGAUAGGCCACGUCGAAAGUUUGGAAAUCUCUACGAGGUCGGCUCAAGCACUCGUGGCUCCGCGGUGUCAGCAGGGAAACUGAGAUUUGAUGGGCUAUAAUUAGGCAUGUGGAUUGCCUUGUCGUGAUUCAGACUCAGAUUCAUUUAUUUACAUUGAAACGUACAGCGAAAAGCGUUUUCUGUAUUAACAACCAUCACAACCUAAAGAUGUGCUCACAAACAGGAGAAAAUCUGCAGAUGAUGGAAAUCCAAAACAACACACACAAAAAAUGUGUGAUGAAGGGUCUCAGCCCGAAAAGUCGACUGUUUACUCCUCCAAGCAUUUUGGAUGUGUUGCUAAAGAUGUGCUGGGGCAACCCACGCGUGUCGCCACAUAUUCCAGUGCCAAGAUAGUAAGCCAGAUCAGAUCAGAUCAUGUUCAGAAUAUGAAGAACGAUUCAGUACCCGAUGGCUGCUCAGCGUUCAGUGAACUCGGAGGACAUAAACAGUACAAACAGUACUGGCCUUCUGCCAAUAAUGCUGUGCUGAGCUGUAUAAACUUAUCAAUCUAACCUUUACUUCCUGGAUCUCCACUCGGCCUUGGAUCACUUGGGCAAUAACAAUAUCUACGCCAGGCUGUUGAACUGAAUUGACAUCUUUCAAAAACACGAGGAGUAAAAAUCUUUGCGUGACGUCCCUGUCUAAAGGUGCAAUGAACGAUUUAUAGUAAUUUAUAAUAAAUAGUAUGUACAACAGUAUAACAUAGAAAUACAGUUGUGUCGGCAUGAAUUAAUCAGUCUGAUGGCCUGGUGGAAGAAGCUGUCCCGGAGCCUGUUGUUCCCGGCUUUUAUGCUGUGGUAUCGUUUCCUGGAUGGUAGCAGCUGGAACAGUUUGUGAUUGGGACGAUUCGGGUCCCCGAUGAUCCUUCGGGCCUUUUAUCCACACCUGUCUUUGUAAAUGUCCUGAAUAGUGGUUAAUUCACAUCUACAGGUGCACUGGCCUGUCCACACCACUCUUUGCAGAGUCCUGCAACUGAGGGAAGUCCAGUUCCCAUACCAGGCAGUGAUUCAGCCAGUCAGGAUGCUCUCAAUUGUGCCCCCUGUAGAAAGUUUGUCGAUUUGGCUCAGCGUUCAACACAAUUAUACCCUCGGUUCUUAUCAACAAGCCCUAAAAUCUGUGCUUCCGUACCUCCCUCUGCAACUGGAUCCUUGACUUCCUCACCAGCAAACCACAGCAGGUGCGGACUGGAAAUAACUAGCUCAAGGGAGCGUGCUUAGCCCAUACUGCUGUACUCUCUCUACACCAUGAUAGUGUGGCUAGACACAGCUCAAACAACAUCUAUAAAUUUCUCGAUGACACCACUGUCAUUGGCAGAAUUUCCGAUGGUGACAGUUCGGCAUUCAGUCAGAGAUGAGUUGAGUGGUGUCGUAAUGGUCAGUAAGACCAAGAAACUGAGAGUUUAAAAAAUUAUAAUGUAUUGCAAUGUACUCGGGCCACAAAACAACAAAUUUCACGACAUAUGCCAGUGAUAUUAGACCUGAUUCUGAUCCUGAUACAGCCCAUAACCCUCCAUUUUUUUAUGUCGAUGUACCAACCUAAGAGUCUUUUAACCAUCCUGUUGUAUCAAUUUGUACCACCAGCCCUGGUAGUAAGUUCCAGGUAUAUGCCUCUCUCUGUGUAAAGAAAAACAAAUACCCCUGACAUCUCUCAUAAAUGUUUCUUGCCUGUUUCUAGACCAUGAGGUGAACAGGCGUGUUGCAAUUAGUGAAAAUGUAAUUUGCACUGUGGUCAUCGGCUUGCAUGGAUAUUGAUUGGUGUCGCCCAGAUGUGAUAUGUUAAACUUGGUGGCUAAAGAUGCCAAGCAAAACCAAAACAGUUUCAAAGUUGAAGUAAAUUUAUUAUCACACUAAGUAUAUGUCACCAUAUACUACCCAGAGACCCGUUUUCUUGCAGGCAUUUACAGGACAAUAAAGAAAUACAACAGAAUUUCAACGUUCAAAGAAAUGUACACAACAAAUACAAAAAAGAAAAAAGUAACAAUAAUAAAACAUAAAUAAAUAAACAAUGAAUAUCAAGAACAUGAGCUGUAGAGUUCUCAAAGUUCAAAUGCUCAAAAUUAAAAGUACAUUUAUUACACUGGACAACAAAUGUUUUCAAAAGUGUUGCUUCCUCAGAAUUUUUUUAAUGAUAAACACAAAUAUAAUUUCAGACUACUUGUAUCACGUAGGAAUUCAGAGAAAAAGCAAAUUAACUUUUAUUGAAUAUAAUGUGUUUAAUUGCAUAAUGGUGCUGAUGCUUUGCAAUAGUUCAACUAAGUUAAAAAUAUUUUGUUAAUGAUUUUCAUUUGUGCUCAGUGUCUGAGGCUUCUCGCUUAUGUGUCCAACAAUAAUUUGCCAGCAUUGAUGGAUUCCAGUUGCCCUGGUAUCUUUUCUCCAUGACCACAAUGUCCUGUUGAAACCUUUCACCAUGCUUGUCACUAACAGCACCAAAAUUUGCAGGGAAGAAGUCUAAAUGGGAAUGCAGAAAAUGAAUCUUUAGUGACAUGUUGCAUUUCAUGGUUUUAUAUGCUUGAAGCAUGCUUUCAAUCAGCUGGAUGUAGCUUGGUGCUCUGUAGAUGCCGAGAAAAAUUUCAACAACUUCCUUGAAUGCCUUCCAUGUGAUUUUCUCCGGUCCCACUAGAAAUUCUUCAAGUUGCCUGUCAUUGAUGACCUGUUUGAUUUGUGGACCAACAAAACACUUUCCUUAAUCUAGGCAUCAGUUAUUCUGGGAAGCAUCUGUCUCAAAUAUCAAAACCCUCCAUAGAAAUUUUUGUGCCUGGUGAAAACAAAUUCCAUCCUUACAGUCCUGAACCCAAUAAUUAUUACUAAAACCUGUCCUGCCAUGCAGCAGUUGCACUGCCUAAGCACGCCCAAGCGUGCCUGGACAAGAUAGGAAACUUCCCAGCUUACAUUGUAGGCAACAUUUUAAUUGACUUGAAUUAUGAAUUGAAAUAGUAAACAUAAGUAUAUUAAAAAUGGUGCAUGAUAGGGAAAUUUCAUGGUGAUUUUCAUGAUCAGUAGCCCAAACUUUAUAAGAUAUACCUAAAGGUAUUCAGGAAGCAAAAUCUUUGUUGUCCAGUGCGAAGUAUCUCUACUAUAUACAGCCUUGAGAUUUGUCUCCUUACAGGCAGCCAAAAAACAAAGAAACCCCAAUGUGCAGGGGAAAAAAACAUUCAAACAAUAAAAGUAAACAAAUAGCAUUCAGAACUGAAAUUUAUGAAAGUGAGUUCACAGCCACGAAGCCAGUCACAGCUGAUCCUGGAGCCCAUUAAUUGCAGGCCAUAGUCUCAGUUUAGUGCAGAGAUGAGUAAACCUUGCAGAGCAGCAAGUUGAACACAGGCCCACAAAGUGAGUCCAUAGGUUUUGGAAUCAGUUAAUUGUUGGGGUAAGUUGUAAUUAUCCCCUCUGGUUGAAAAGCCUGAUGGCUGAUGGAUAAUAACUGUUCCUGAACCUGGUGGCGUGGGACCCAGGUAUCCUGUACCUACUUCUCGAUGACAGCAGUGAUGAAAGAGCAUGGCUUGGACGGCGGGGAUCCUCGAUGAUAAAUGUUGCCUUUUUGUGGCAGUGCUCCUUGUAAGUUAGCUCAAUGUUAGUAGAGCUUUGUCUUUUAUGGAAUAGGCUGUAUGGAUCACUUUCUGUCGAAUUUCCAAUCCUGGGCAACGAUGUUUCCACACCAGCCUGUGAUGCAACCAGUCAGGAUACUCUCCACUGUGCAUCUAUAGGUUUAUAAAUGCUUUAGAUGACAUGACCUCUAAGAAAGUAGAGCCAUUGCAGUGCAUUCUUUGUGAUGGCAUUUAAAUGCUGGCAUUUACAUGCUGGUCCAUGGACAGAUCCUCUGAUGAGGUAAUUUGGCAUUACCACAUCUUUACCUGCUUACCUACUCCCUCCAGUGCUUCUCCCCUUCUCUUUCAUCCAUUGUUUUCUAUCUUCUCCUAUCAGAUUCUCUUUUAUCUCUUUCAACUUUCCAGCUCUUUAUUUCACCCCUCUCCCAGUUUCGCCUAUCACCUUGUACUUCUUCCUUGACAAAAUUUAAAGUUACUGACCCUCUUGAUCCACCAAUCCCUCAAUGAAAACUGGCUUAUGAUCCUCCAACUUCUUCCUCCUGUAGUCAGUAUCAGCUCUUUGGUUUUGUUGACAUUGAAUGAGAGAUUGUUGUUGUGGCAGCAUUCAACCAGAUUUUCACAGUGCCUCCUAUAUGACAAUUCAUCACCACCUUUGAUUCAGCCAACAACAGUAACUUAAAUAUGGCAUUGGUGUCGUGCUUAGCCACAGACUCACACGAACAGGGAGCUGAGCACAAAGCCUUGUGGUGCAUCUCUGCUGAUGAUGACCAUGGAGGAGAUGUUGUUGUCAAACUGGGGUCUAGAGUGAGGAAAUUGGGGAUCCAGUUGCACAGGAGGUUUCAAGGCUAGAUUUCAAAGUUCAAAGUAGAGUUAUUACCAAAGUAUGUACAUAUAUGUUACCAUAUACAACUUGAGUUUCAUUUUCAGAACCAGAAUCAGAAUCAGGUUUACUGUCACUGGCAUGUGUCAUGAAAUUUGCUAACUUAACAGCAGCAGUUUGAUGCAAUACAUAAUAUAAAGGAAAAAAUAAAAAUUAACUAAUAAUAAUAAAUUUUUUAAAAGUGAGUCAAUUACAGUUCUCUGUAUAUUGAAUAGACUAACAACCGUGCAAAAACAAAAAUAGUAUCGGUACAUAUUAAAAAAGUGAGUUAGUGUUCACAGGUUCAAUGUCCAUUUAGGAAUCGGAUGGCAGAGGGGAAGAAGCUGUUCCUGAAUUCCUGUGUGUCUUCAGGCUUCUGUACCUUCUACCUGAUGGUAACAGUGAGAAAAGGGCAUGACCUGGGUGCUGGAGGUCCUUAAUAAUGGAUGCUGCCUUUCUCAGACACCACUCCCUGAAGAUGUCUUGGGAACUUUGUAGGCUAGUACCCAAGAUGGAGCCAACUAAAUUUAUGACCCUCUGUAGCUUCUUUCGAUCCUGUGCAGUAGAUCAUCCCCCCCAUACCAGAUAGUAAUGCAGCCUGUCAGAAUGCUCUCCACAGUACAUCUAUAGAAAUGUUUGAGUGUUUUUGUUGACAUAUCAAAUCUCUUCAAACUCCAAAUGAAUUAUAGUCGCUAUCUUGCCUUCUUUAUAUCUCUAUUGACAUGUUGGGACCAGGUUAGGUCCCCAGAGAUCUUGACACCCAGGAAGUUGAAACUGCUCACUCUCUCCACUUCUGAUCCCUCUAUGGUAUGUGUUCCUUCGUCUCAACCUUCCUGAAGUCCACAAUCAGCUCUUUUGGCUUACCGAUGUUGAGUGUAAGGUUGUUGCUGCUAUACCACUCCACUAGUAUAUCUCGCUCCUAUACUUCCUCUUGUCUCCAUCUGAGAUUCUACCAACAAUGGUUGUAUCAUCAGCAAAUUUAUAGAUGGUAUUUGAGCUAUGCCUAGCCACACAGUCAUGGGUACAUAGAGAGUAGAGCAGUGGGCUAAGCACACACCCCUGAGGUGCACUAGUGUUGAUUGUCAGCGAGGAGGAGAUGUUAUCACCAAUCCGCACAGAUUGUGGUCUUCUGGUUGGGAAGUCGAAGAUUCAAUUGCAGAAGAAGGUACAGAGGCUUAGGUUCUGUAACUUAUCAAUCAGGAUUGUGGAAAUGAUGGCGUUAAACACUGAGCUAUAGUUGAUAAACUGCAUCCUGACAUAGGUGUAUGUAUUGUCCAGGUGGUCUAAGGCUAUGUGAAGAGCCAUUGAGAUUGUGUCUGCCAUUGACUUAUUGUGGCGAUAGGCAAAUUGCAGGCUCUUGCUGAGGCAAGAGUUCAGUCCAGUCAUGACCAACCUUGUGAGUAUUCACAGUAAAUGCAAGGAAACACAGCAGAAUCAAUGAAAAACCAUACACAAGACAGAUAACCAAGUAAUGUACAAAAGACAACAAACUGUGCCAGUACAAAAAUUAAAACAAAAAAUAGUAAUAGAUGAGUAAGCAAUAAAGACAACAAAAUCUGCAGAUGCUGGAAAUCCAAGAUCACACUCAAAAUGCUGGAGGAACUCAGCACUUAUGGAAAAGAGUAACAGUCCACCUUUUAGGCUGAGAUCCUACACCAGGACUGGAAAAGAAAGAUAAGAAGUCUGCAUAAAAAAGGUGGGGUAGGGGAGGAAUAAGUAUAAAGUGUAGGUGAUAGGUGAAAUCGGGAUAGGGGUAAAAUAAAGAGCUGGAAAGUUGAUUGGUGAAAGAGAUAAAGGACAGGAGAAAGUGGAAUCUGAAAGGAGGAGGUAGAAUACAAUGGAAGAAAGGGAAGGGAAGAAGCACCAGAGGGAGUAGGUAAGGAGAUAAGGGGAGUGAGAGAAAUGGGAUUGGGGGAUUGUUGAAGGGGGGUAAUUACUGAAAGUUUGAGAAAUUGAUGUUCAUGCCAUGAGGUUGGAGGCUACCUAGAUGGAAUAUAAGGUGUUGCUCCUCCAACCUGAGUGUGGCCUGAUCACAAUAGUAGAGGAGACCACGGACUGACAUGUCGGAAUGGGAAUAACACAUAGAAUUGAAAUUGAAAUGGUGGCCACUGGGAGAUACCACUUUUACUACCCAGUGGAGCAUAGGUGCUCAGUGAAGCGGUCUCCCAUUGUAUGUCAGGUCUCACCAAUAUUCAGGAGGCCGCACCAGUUACAGUAGAUGACCCACACAGACUCACAGGUGAAGUGUUGCUUCACCUGGAGGGACUGUUUGGGGCUCUGAAUUGUGGUGAGGGAGGAGGUGUAGGGCAGGUGUAGCCCUUGUUCGACUUGCAAGGAUAAAUAUUAAAUAUGAAUCCUUGAAAGUAAGUCCAUAGUUUGUGUGAACAGCCAUUGUUGGGGUGAGUGAAACAGAAUUGUUUCCCCUCUGUUUCAAGAGCCUGUUCUUGAGGGGUAAUAACUGUUCCUGAAUUUGGUGGUGUGUAUUUUGGGGCUCUGGGACCUUCAUCCUGAUGAGUGCGAGGGUAAGAAAACGUGGCCUGGAUGCUGGUGGUGCGGGAGGAGGCCUUGACGAUGGAUUCUGCUUUCCAUAAUCUCUAGUUUUGAUGGAUAUCAUAGUGUUAAAUGUUGGGCUGUACAGUACGCAAUGAGGAGCAUCCUUAGCUGUUCCAGAGUUGAAUGAAGUCCGUACAGUAGUUAUUGCUUCAGUUUCUUAUGAAAAGUAAUCGAUCAUUAACUCUUACUUCCUUUGAAAUGUACUUAAGAAUCUUUUCAUAGACGAGCUUCAGUGUGCGCAGAUAUAGACGAGCGCAGGUUGCGGUCCUGUGAUUGGUGAAGCUGAUCGUCGGUGCAAGGUAUUCGGCGAAGCCGCAAUUCGGUGGGUGGUGAUUGAUGAAGACGAGAAACGGUGGGUGGUGAAUGGCGAAGCUGAGAGUCGGUGGGCGGUGAUUGGGGAAGCUGAGAGUCGGUGGGCAGUGAUUGGCGAAGUUGAGAGUCGGUGGGUGGUGAUUGGCGAAGUUGAGAGUCGGUGGGUGGUGAUUGGCGAAGUUGAGAGUCGGUGGGUGGUGAUUGGCGAAGUUGAGAGUCGGUGGGUGGUGAUUGGCGAAAUUGAGAGGCGGAGCGCGGUGAUUGACGGAGUGGCGUCGGCAGGGAAACGGGAAGCGGCUGGCGGGAGUGGUUGCCUGGGCUGACCGAUAAAAGGUGGCGGAGAGAGUGGCUAGUGAGGCCUUGGGUUGAAUCGUUUACUGUUGAGGGGGGAAUUGAAACAAAAUGGGCUGCCUAUUCUCCAGGAAAUCUAAAGGGAAGAAACAGAGCAAGACGGCAGAGGGGGAAGAGCCGCCGAAGCAGUACAGCUGGGACAACCGGGCGAAGGAGAUUGAUGUCAAGGAUUAUAUGCUGGUUGGUUUAAAGGAUCAGACACUGGGACGGUUGCCUGGUAAAGUUGCUGGUGAGCAGUUUGUCAUUGAAGAAUGUGAAAACUGCAACAUAUAUAUAUUUGACCACUCUGCCACUAUCACCAUUGACGACUGCACCAACUGCAGGAUAUUUCUGGGACCUAUUAAGGGUAGUGUGUUUUUCCGCAAAUGUGUAGACUGCAAAUGUGUCGUGGCUUGUCAGCAAUUUCGUACACGGGAUUGCAGAAAAAUGGAUGUCUUCCUCUGUUGUGCAACACAGCCUAUCAUUGAAUCAUCUACGGGCAUGAAGUUUGGUUGUUUUCAAUAUUACUAUCCUGAACUGGGUUACCAAUUCAAAGACGCAGGCUUGAGCAUCUUCAAUAACAACUGGAGCAAUAUCCAUGACUUCACCCCAGCUUCUGAUGAGAACAACUGGACAUUGUUAGCUGAAGAUACAGUACCACAUGAUUAUGUUCCCCUUCCUGAUUCAGAGGAGCUGAAAGCAGUUCGGAUCUCUACUGAGUUGAACAGAAGCAUUGUUCCAGUCACACGAGGCCAGAGGCAAAAGAGCAGUGAAGAAUCAUGCUUGGUUGUGUUUUUUGCUGGAGACUACACCACAGCCAAUGCCAGGAAAUUAAUUGAUGAGAUGGCUACAAAAGAUUUUGCCCUUGUUCAAACAAAAGAAAUUUCAAUGAGACCAGAAGAUGCCAACAGAGUAUUCAAAGAGAAAGCAGCAGAUUUUAUUCCAUUACUUCAGCAAGGCCCUGUGGUGGCAUUAGAAUUCAAUGGUGAUGGUGUAGUGGAUGCCUGCCAGAACAUAGUCAGUUCUGUGUUCACUGCUUCCAAGGUGUUUGUUUCUGAAAACAAAUCUUCAGCUUCCCAAGAUGUGGACAAUUUCUAUAACUAUGCUGAAAUACAGAUGGGAAUGUAAAAAUGAACAAGAGUCAUGUGUGAACAUCUUAACCACAGACUGCUAUUUUCCUAUUGUAGUAUAUAUUAUCAUUAAACUACUGGAAAUAGUCAUCUGAAGUAAGAUGUUUUUUGUAGCUAAGAUUUAAUAUCCUGAAUGUAUUGAUUUCAAAGUAUUGCUAGUAUAUAACCAAAGUAUUUUAAGCAUUCUUGUAUACAUUUUAAACUUGACCUGCUUUUUCCUUGUAUAUAAAAAAGGAAGAAUCAUUUAAAAGAAAGUGAUGUGUUCUUGUACUUGAUGUAAUCAUACAUUACUGUAAAAGAUGAAAAUAUUGCAGAUUUAUGGACUCUACUCCCUUUUUUUUUCCUUUAGUUUUUUCACCAUUCCCCAUUGUAUAUUGGUUAUUGGUUGAAGAAAAUUUAGCUACACCACCACGUUGCCAUUAAAUGUUAAACUGUGGCAUCAAUUUUUACACUUUCCUCUGGAGCACUUUCGGGAAUUUUAAGGUCACCCUUCAGCUGGCAUAGUGGCAUAGUGGCAUCCAUGUUGGGUUGAAUGGUGAACUAGCAACUCUGUCUUUUAUAUACUUUUUUAAAAAAGUGCUAAAGAAAUGUCAAGGUUGCUACCCAAUGCGUCUCAAGGCAUGGAAAAGAAAAACAACAACCCUGUGGCCAUGUAUUUUUCAUCUGCAUGUUCCAAUUUCUGAUUGUGGAUGUCAGCUAAUUAAUUGACCACUGUAAAUUCUCUCAUGUGUAGAAGAGUGAAUGAAAUGAAGGGAGAAUGUAAUGGGUCAGUACAAAAGGGUACUUGAUGGUUGACAUGGACUUGUUUGGCCAAAGAGCCUUCUUCCAUGUUUGACUUUAAUUUUAAAAAUAUUAUUUGUUCCAUUUACACACAGUGGCAUUCUCUUAGAGGCUCUUAAUUCAUUUAGUUUUACUGUGGACUAAUAGACUUUUAAUUGUAACACUUUCUCUAGAAAAAGGCUGCUCAAGGAGGUUCCCCAGAUAAAUGUUUAGAAAAUGCUCAUUCAGUUUCAAGGGAGGUUUUAAACAAAAAUAAUUUGGUAUUUUUCUUUAGCCUUCAAAAAGAGCUAUCCAAAUACUGCUAAUACCUAAAAAUGGAGGAAGACGUGAUGUAGGGUAUUCACACUUUUUUUAGAAGCUGAAAUUUAAACAUUUUUAAUAUCCUGGAGUAAGUACUUGCUGUUGCCACAGCUUUCAUCAUAGCCUUUAUUAUAAAUCAUCUUUUACAAUGAAGUGAUAUUUUGUGGUACUGGCACUUGGUCAUUUAUGGUUUUAUUGUUGAACAAAUACAAUCCUGGUUUUAAUCAUUCUAUGCUUAAAGAUAUGACAGAUUAUAGUGUCUUUGAAAUUGAAUGUGGCCAUUAAAAUAGAAUUUGGGGGCUACAUUAGUGAAAACUAAUUGAAAGGAUUUUUAAAGUAUUUCAGAUCUAUCCAAUUCUGGGCAUUCCUUAUUGCUAUGGGAAAAAUGGAUUAGUGACUGUUUAAGUUAUUGAGGUUUCUGGAUUUUUUCCCUGCAAAAACCUUUGUGCUUAAAAAAACAUUUUACAUAAUUAGAUGUUUUGUAUACAUUCUUUAUUGUAUUUUCUUGUUGUCUAUAGUACACACCUAUAUAGAUUGUAGUUUGACUCCAAGAAAAUUCCCUCAGAAUUAAAUAAAACUUACUCCAAAGAAUUAAUUGAGAACUUAAGUAGGUGGGGACAGCUGCUAGAGAAGGACUAAUGGUACAGGUAGGAAAUUGCACAUUACAGCUGCACAAAUAGGCCUUCCACUUUUGGUCUUAUUAAUUUCCCCUGUUUUGAUACAAGUAAAAUUAUACUAAGAAGAUGGAGUAACUUGUUUGUCCUUUUUAGUGAAAAUUGGCAAUUUGUUAACUGGCAGCAUACUGUGUAGUGAAAUACAAAGAAACUUGAGUUGACAGUUGAUUUUUACCUACUUCUCUUUGGUCUCAGUUUUUAAAUUUUAUUCUUUUGUCAUAUUACAAAGUGGUGUCCAAAGCAGACACAUUAAUCCCUGUAUAGAUUUUUCCAUGUAACUCUUAUUUUGAAGCAAUGUCUAAUGGGGCAUUGUCCAUAUACUCUUUUACAAUAUAACAAUAUAAAUUAAUGAAAAAUGUUCAUAGAUUUACAAAGUGCAGCAUAGAAAUGGAGCAUUUAAUCCAUAGUCCAUGGAAUUUCUGUGCUGCCUGUGGCCAUACCUUUGUCCAACCCUGUUGGCAUCAAUUCCUUUUUCUUGUAUUCUUAGAUUUGCCCUUUAAUAUAUACCUGUGUUUUGCCUUUAAUAAUCCUAGUAACUGUCGCAGUAAAUGAUCUGUGUAGUGAUGCUUGAAAAUCUUUAAGUGAUUUGUUACAAACUUUGGAGGUCAAGUAUAAAAGUAUUUGCACAAAUGGAGUAAUUAAUGGCAAUCAUGCACAUAAGCGAAUUUGACAAAUGCUUUUUAAGAAAUCAGUGGAAAUUUUUCAUACUUAAGAGAUUUUCUGGUUGCAGAUCAUAAGUUGUUACAGCACAUCUCUCUAGUUUAUCUCUCAGUUUAACUGUCAGUUAAUCUCAUGCUGUUAUCCUCCUACCCAUUACAUCACUUAAUAUUUUUGAAGCAAUUAUCUAAUUUUCCAUUAAAAGAAAGUGACACCAGAUCAGCAACAAUUGUGACAUACAAAUCCCCAUUUCAAUUAUGAGUGGCUUGUAAAGUUGUCUAUAAUUAUUUGUGACUGUGGUUGUAACUUUGUAAAUGUAGAUGCUUUAUUGCUUUCUCACAGAAAAUUUACUGUAACAUAACUUACAAAAAAUCUGCUUCAAUAAGAAAAACACCAUUUAUGGUGAAGUGAAACAAACAUUUUUACAUUCUGGGAGCAGCAUAAUGCAUGAAGGCAGAAAAGAGGAACAAGUUAUAUACAACCCAACUGUUCUGUAAUCUAGCUUGCCAAAUUGGUAUCAGAAGAAAUCCAUUUGGAUCAAAUUACUUCAUCCCAAAUUAAUUGUACUGACUGGCUCUUGACUCCUAUUGCUCCUCUCUUCUCCUCCAUUCCACCCCCCCCCCCCCCCGUAGGUUUUUAACCUAGUUGCUGUGACUCAAGAGGGACUUGACUCUUCCCACUUGAAUUUUGAAUAUAUCUCAACAAAUAUUUAUUGAUAAUGGUCCGAGGAGCAUGGACCCCCCCCCCCCCCAACCCCCAACUUAAUUGAAAAUAACUCAACCUCACUGGUGCUUAAAAACACAGCUUGGUAUUUAAAGAGCUCACAUCUUUUACAUGAGUAGGUACACAGCUUUAUCUUGAAUGUGAACAUGAACAAAAUCAACUGUUUACUUAUUUCUUCAAAUUUACUACAUUAUUUUUUUUCCUUUUGUAAAAACACUGCUGCAUUUAAGGUAUGUUUGACAAGUAUUUGUUGGCAUCUAGUAUGACUUUUUUUUGUUUAAACUUGUCACUUCUACCCCAGCAGCAACAUUGAGAACAAAUGUCUCUAAAGCAACAGCCAUUGUAAUUGAUGUUCCUUAUCAAUGUACAUUCACUACUUUGAAAUGUUUAGCACCUCCAGCAUUUCUCAAUUUACCAUUGGUUAUAAAGUUAUUUAAAAAGUACAUUGUGGCUGAAUAUUAACUCUAUUUUAAAAGUUCCUCGUAGUUUGACUUUAUUUUUUUAAUCUUAUUUAUGCCUUCUACUUUAUAACAGACUGCUUGAAAUCAAAUGAGAAUAACUUCUGGCUGUCUCACUUUUAACUGAAUUGUGACCUUUGCAAAACAAUACAGCAAAUAGUGAGGCUAUUCAACUCAUUAAAUCGAGACCGUUUUUCAAUGAGCAAUUCGGUUCAUUUCACUUCCUCCAUUCUAUUUGGAAAUUGACUUCAAAAAUAAAAAUAGACAAAAUACUCUGUAGGUCUUAAGUUAUUACCUACAGCACAUCUAUUCUACUAUUAAGUUUUGCUUAAAGCAUGUGAUGGAAAAUUGUACGGCUGUUUGGUGGAACACUAGGCCCACUGAGCAGCAGAAACUCAUGGCAGUAAUAUUUGUCACAAUUAAGUGUUGCUUUUACUUUUAUAAAUUAUGAAUCUAUGUAACUAUUGUAAUUUUUUUAUUAAACACUACUUGUGUAUCGUUUAUGGUACAAUGGGAAA